AUGAACAACACAGCAGUUGAACCGUACUCUUCAUCCACUCUAGAACCCUUGGAGAAACAGCAUGAAAUAAUUGAAGAAAAAGAGAAUUUGAGUACUAUUCAUGCAAUGUCAAUGGAAUCCUUGAGGUCUUCUAAAUCAUCAGAGUCUUCCCUAAAGGAAAUUAGCUUGGAUUACUCAUCCCCUGGUCUUCAGGCACAAGCAGCUAUUCCAGAAGAAACAAAUUCUAAUUAUGCUGAUAAAAGUAUGCUUCGCCCUAUUUCACCCGGCGUUCGUGGCAAUAAUGGCAUCCAUUCGACACAAGCAGAAAAUCCUGGGUUUGGUCAGUUUCGUCCUGAUCCCUCUCCAUCCUCCUCUUUUAUCUCAACUGAAACAAACCAAACUUCUUCAUCCUCCCCGCAAUCUGGGUUUGAGCAACUACGAACUAUAUUCCGCAGCCAUGAGGAUCCUUCGAAAGCAAUCAAUGACUCUCGUAUUCAAACCCUAAUAUUUGAAUUAAAUCAACAAUGUGAAAGUGACUCUAUUCCUGUAAGUCAGAUUGACUGGUUAGAAUGGGCUCGUCUAUCAUUGUCCGCUAAUGAUUACACUACAAACUCAGAUGCAGAAACCUCGAUUGCCUCCAUUCGAAAUCUCAUGUUGAAGAAUUCUUGGAGCGUUCCUUCGCCCUGUAGAAAAUCUGUUUGGCAAACCCUUGUAACCGCAGAACGCAAUGAGCUGUUAACACUAUACGCCACGUUGAGUACUUCAAUAAACUCUUUGGAUCCUGUCAUAAAAAGGGUAAUUCGAAAUAAUGCUUUUCGGGGUCCACUAGAAUCAUUCAAAUACGCAUCACCAACUCGUGCAAAGGUAUCCACGAAUGGAUUGUUUCACGUGCUUCACGCAUUCACAUUGUUUGAUACAACUGUUGAAUAUGCUUUAGAUGCUUUACUGUGGCCUGCUGCAUCGCUUCUAUCGUACAUGCCCCAAGGAAACGCAUUUCGAAGUCUCGCUUGUUUGCUUGGAAAAUCUAAUUUAAGCGAAUUGUAUGUUGCUAAUUUGGACACCUCUGAAGAACAAUUAUAUGCCCUUGUUUGGGGGUGCAUUAGUGAUCUUUCACCAAAGAUUGCUUUAUCGCUGCAAAGGAUUAAGGCACAGUCUUUGAAAUCUUUAUACCCGUCACUAGCUUGUUGUUUUGCUAACUUUUUAUCCAUUCAAAAUGCCUUACGCAUCUUGGAUCUUGUUUUCUGCUAUGGUUUGGAAACGUUCGUUCGUUUGCUUGUAGCUAUUUUCCUGAAAAACGAGGAUAAACUACUGAAUAUAACGAAUUUAGACCAGUGGAAUCGAUACUUAAGUUCUGAUAUCGUCGGCCCCUAUCGCUUUCCUACAACUCAGAAGUAUACAUUUUAUACACGCACACCCGUCGAUGUUGAUUCAUGGAUACAAGAUGCUUCAAAUCUUCAAAUAAGCACUGAUCGAUUUCCUUCUUAUUUGUCCUACCAUGAAACUGUUAUAUCACGACAAACAUUUCGCACUAAUAUGUUGAACGAAUUGAAAGUUCAAAACAAGGAUUUGGCUGAAAACAUAGCUGAACUGGAAAACAGGAUGGUACUUUUAAAUAGAGAGAACACAAAUCUUUCCACUGAACUGUCAAAUCAUCGUGUUUUAAGGAGUGAAAGUGAAGAAAAAACUGACUAUUUACGAAAUUCUAUUGCUACAUUGGAAGAGCAAGUAAAGCAUCUACCAGAGCAAUUAAAGGAAUCUCUGCAACAAGAAAUAGUUGUUCUGAAGAACCGAAAUCGAAAAUUUGAAGAAUCCAACGCGUACGCUGUACAACAAAUCACUUACCUUAAUGAAGAGUUAGAAAGAACUUUACGACAACUACAUGAUUUAGAAGAUAAACACUCUCAAUUGCAGGCCAGAUGGGAUAGUGUUUCUAAGAUGUUCAAGAAAUAA